UCCAAACCAUGUCAUCCUGCAGGUAACGCAUGCGUAGUGUGACGGGAAAUGCACGUGUCAAAAGAAUAUAAAAACAACAAAGCUCAAUUCUUGGCCUUAGAGAUAUUGAGUCAUUAGCAAGGCAGGAUUGAYUUAUCGUUUGCUAUUUAUCUAAACCUUUUAGCCCCAAAGGAGCAAAUUCAUUUGAGGCCGRACUCACAAAGGAAUAUGCUGGACUCGAGUUUAGGGCCUCCAAAGGCGAAAAAAUUUGUAACAGAAUGUUCAAACAGAAGAACUUUUUCACCCUUGUCUUUUACUCCGACACAUAGACUACAUGUUCCUUCUAAUACAAGGAUAUUUCAACCCGACGAGAUGGCUUCUAGUAUUAUUCAACCACCAUCGUUACUGACUCAUUUGAGUGAAGAAGUUCUUGUACUCAUACUGGAAUAUCUAGACUUUAGGAGCCUUAUAACGCUAAGCAAAACAUGUCGGCUUUUCCAUCGACUCUGCCUCUCGGAUCUAAUAUGGCGUCAUCGAUGUAAGGUUGAUUUUGGACUUUAUGUCAAAUGGGUAGAAUAUUCUUAUUUAUAUCUAUAUGAAAUGUUUUAUAAAGCUGAAAUUCUCAAGAACGAUCACAACUUCUUCCGUCCUGUGAGUCAGCUUAAGACUUCAGUCAUAGUUUGGUAUCUACUUAGCUCUGAACCUCCAUCACAUAGUGUUAGCCAUCUCACUCCUAGCCAAGCAAAGUCUAUUUGGGGUCUGACAGAUAAAUGUCUGGAAACACAUUAUGAAGAAUCCCAGCAAGACCACGAUGACCACCAAGAAGCAGAUUAUCCUUCUAGUUACUAUGAAUGGAGAACAUUGUACAAAAUUUUUGUUAAAAAGCAUGGGGGCAUUAUUCCCAUGCAGAACUAUGUCCUAAAGAGAUGUCUUCGAAAUAGACAAGCAUUAGAAGAACACUACCAACUCUCUCUUCACUCCUCGCGACAGCAGAAAUGGUAUCAGUAUCUAGAAGAUAGAGAAAUGGGCAAUCACAAGGCACUGAAGGCCUUAACGGAACACAUGCGACCUACUACUCACAAUUACAUGCUACAUCAGAUUACAACAAAGUAUAUAGAUGGACGGCUAAAAGGAGGCUUCAAAACAGUCAAAGCCUAUGCUGAGUUCUGUGGCUAUUUCAAAAACUGGCUUGAUGCUAAGAGUAUCAAAUUAUGGCCUCCAAGACAGGGAGAAAUGGUUGCACAGGACUAUCGACACUGUCUGAAAUAUGUCAACAGAGAGCUAGCGCCAAUUGCUGAAGAGGUAGAGUUAACAUUGACCCACUUUCUAAGCAAAGCAAAGCCUUAUAUUGAACGUCUUCAUGAAGUAUGGUUAUGGCAGAAUAGGAAAGACACUGCUUACAGGAAAGAGCAUCGGCCAUCAGCUGUUGUUAGAGAACACAGAUACUGCAAAGAAUUCCUUGAAAAAGGCAAUUUGGAGUACUUUUCAAAGCUGAAACUAUACUUCGAGCGGAAAGAGAUCGUCGUCGCAUGGUUUAAAGAGAACGGUUGGAUGCACCCUCUUCUAGGUGACUACGUAGUACGGCCAUUACGACCGGCUUGCAUCUCAUCGACAGAACUACCAAAUCCUCACUAUUCUACUGACUGCAUUCAAAGUCUUGUAGAAAGGUUUUUGGAAACAGGACUACGUUCAGAUUUCAACAGAAUCCGAAGAAAACUCGCCGACAUGGCAGGAAUUCAACUUCAAAAUCUCGUUCGAAAAUCUCGACAGUUACAAGAAUCGAUCCAACAAGACGUGAUGAAGGAAGACUGUGUCUACGUUAGUGACUUUGAAGACCGGGGCUAUAUGAAUAACUUCUUUGGUAGCACUUUUGAUAGCUAUAGUGAUUUUGUAUCAAGAAGAGAAGUAGUCAUCUUAGAUUAAUGACUCUUUAGGAAAUCAAAAAAUAUAGUUUAUUUUUGAAGUGUAUAUGUGAAACCCACCGUGGUCAAUAUAGGUCUGUUGUGUUUGUAAAACUAUGAAUCUUGUUUAAAUCAGUUAGUUUCAAGGGGUGAUGUUCACCUCUUUAUAAAUAUCAAAUUAUUGUAUACACCAAGUAUAGCUCUGAUUUACAAUUUCUCCUAAUGGAGCGGCCCACGUCUAUGAUACAUAUUUGGAUAUCAUCAAAUUAUAUUUUUGGUUAAUUUACAGACAUAUUCAUUCUACCACGUUAUUGCCAAACAAUAUAAUAAUGUUUCAGACAGCAGUUUUCUUCCAAUUUUUAGUUUGGAAUUAACCUGCACGCAUUUUAUUUAUUAUGUAUAGUUAUUGUAAAUUUUUUCUAUUCGAACGUGUAAUUUUUUUGCCCAUGUCUAAUGGGCUGGACGUYUGUCUUCUUUCGUUGCUUUCACGUGUAUAUUGCAGUUUUUCAUAUUAUAGUUUUGUAAAGUCAA